AUGGAGUUAGCCAACUAUCCAACACUAAGAAGAGGAAAACAAGCGAUUCUACUUGAGCAAAUGAUAGAAUUGUGGUUAGCUUCAAUUCCACCUCCAUCGGAAAAUAAUGCUUCAUCUCACAACUUGAGUUGCCACUCUGCUGCUCAAGUAAACAUCCGUGUCCACCACCAACAGAAAAAGAAAAAAACAUUGUUGACACUAAUGAAGGCUUUUGAUAUGUUGGAGGACAUAGACUCCAAAUUUCUGGCUGAUUUUGGUGAUGAUUUACCUAGUGAAGUAGAUUGGACUAAAGCUAAGGUGCUAAUAAAGUUUCUUAAGAAAUUCUACGAUGCUACUUGCAAGCUAUCUGGUGCAUUGUACUCUACUUCAAAUCUUUAUUUUCUGGAGGUCAUAAAGAUUUUAAAAGAACUAGAUGCUUCUAAAAUUAUCAAGGAUAGUGAGCUAAGUCAAAUGACCAUUGAAAUGCGAGCUGAAUUUGACAAAUAUUGGGGUUCUUUAGAUAAAAUGAAUGUUAUGUUAUUUGUGGCUGUUGUCUUGGAUCCUAGGUGCAAAUUAAAGUACUUGAAAGCUAAGUAUACCAUUUAUUAUGGUGAAGAUGAGGCAAAAAAUUUAGAAAAAAGGGUGAAGAUAGCUUUAGAGUUGAUGGUGGAUGAAUACAAGAUAAUUGAGGAUCAAUUACAUAUGGGUGAGGUUGUAGGAAGCUCAGAGAAAUCUGCAUAUGAUAGUGGGCCAAGUGAUAUGGAAACAGAAGAAGAGAUUGAUGAGUUCUUUUUAGAGGAAGAAGCGCAACAGAAUCUGUCUAAGAUAUCUGAGUUAGAUAGAUACUUCGAAGAAUUUGCAGAAAAAUUCACCAUUGAUUUCGAUAUCUUAACAUGGUGGAAGGUGAAUUCAGUAAGGUAUCCUAUCUUGUCCAAGGUUGCACGCGAUGUAUUGGCUAUCCAAGCUUCAACAGUAGCCUCUGAAUCUGCAUUUAGUACUGGAGGACGAACUCUAGAUCAAUAUAGAAGUUCUUUACUUCCUACAACAGCGGAGAACAGACUUCUUCAGCUACCAUUAUUUCAGUACGGUGAACGGACGGUACGACAGUGA